ACGUCAUCCAGAGAUAUAAGUAAGGGUGACAUUCAAGGGAUUGGACCAUACGAGCCAGUGUGACAACCGUAGGAAUUACUCGACUACAGUACCAAGAAGAUGGCUGACCUGAAGUAUUCAAUAGUUUGGAUGGUUUUUCUAUUGGCGCAUUUGGACCUUGAACCCGUCCAGUGUUUUCCAUACAACUUAACAAGAUGCCCUCCGAGCCUUCCUUCCAAUUGUCCACCAAACCGGGUUAAUUCUUGCAAUAAUGAUCAGGAUUGCGAAGCAACUUAUCCUGGUAAGGGUUUGAAGUGCUGUGAUGACUGCGGCAGAAGUUGUGUGUCUCCUAAAGUGUCCGUAGUAGAAGUAACCCCAGAAAGUUUAAAAAAAAAAAUGAAUAUCCUUACCAAAUUGGUUGCAAAGUGCCCCACCAACCCUCCCUCAAGCGCGUCUCCUCCAGGACCAGACCAAGAAUGCCAAAACGAUGCCAGUUGUGAUGCGAAAUUCCCUGGACGAGGCCUGAAAUGCUGCAGUGAUGGGAACGAUUUUAGGUGCAUUCCUCCUGUCGUUGAGUCUGUUAUUAACCAACCAACGUAUUGCCCCAGUAUUUUACCUUUACACCCAAGUGAAUGUGAAGGUAAAUACGUUCGAGAUAAAUGCUUCAACGAUGAAGAGUGCAAACAAAAGCAUCCUGCGUUGAAGUCAUUUGUGAAGUGUUGCAUUACUAAAUGUCUGAGCCGAAAGUGCGUGAUUCCAGUUCAAGGAAAGGCGCCACCCACUCCAACACCUUCAGAUGCCUGUCCAAUCUUCCCUCCUGCUGCUGAAUGUCCACCAGAACCAGAUCAUGAAUGUAAACACGACAUCCAUUGCAAUCAGUCGCACCCUGGAUUAGGGCUAAUAUGCUGUAAAGAUGGAUGUGAUUUCAGAUGCAUGCCACCUAAAGUCAAAGGUAUCUGCCCAAUCUUCCCUACACCUGCUGAAUGUCCACCACAAUCAGAUGAUGAAUGUAAAUACGACUUCCAAUGCAGUGGGUUGCACCCUGGAAUGCCGCUAAAAUGCUGUAGAGAUGGAUGUGAUUUAAGAUGCGUUCCACCUAUCGUUUAGAAUAAUAUCCAUUCUAUACCGUAGAUUCUUGGUUAUAAAUCGUAAAUUUCGUAAGGACUUUUUGAUAGGCUUAUAAUUGGCGGGGAAAGGGGGAUUCGUUUUAUAAAAACAAUAAUGUUUGUUCCAUUUUAAAUAUGCAGCUGUAGCAGCAACAAGCCUUGAAAUGUGAAAAGAAGCUAGAAACUAUAUUUGAGGCCAGAUUGUCAAUGUGUCACAGGGCUACACGGUGGUAGUUCUUCAAUGUAAUGGGUUUAUACAUUGAAUUUGUUACAUUAGAUAUGUAUGCUUUGUUUUAUAAAGAAUAAAGAUAAUUUUUAAUUGUU